AUGGUUGCCAGCGAGCUCUCCCAGGCCCCCGAUGGCCUGAUCGGGGGCUACACGGGGGGUAGCCUGCCCGUGCGCAUUCUCAUGAUUGUCUUCUCCUCCAUCGCCCUAUACAAUGCGAUCGAGCUGUUUAUACUCUUGUUUUUGACGUUUCAGCACUACCGUGGACUGUACUUUUGGACACUAUUGCUUUCGGUGGUGUUGGGCGUGAUUCCGCAUACUAUUGGAUAUAUUUUGGAAUUCUUUGCGCUGGCGCCGUUGUGGUUAUGUUUGACCAUGUCUACGAUUGGAUUUUAUGUUAUGGUACCCGGUCAGUCGGUGGUGCUGUAUUCGCGAUUGCAUCUCGUGGUGCAGAGCCACCGGAUCUUGCGGUUUGUGCUGUGGUUGAUUAUCAUUGAUGCUGUGUUGUUAUUGAUUCCGACUACCGUGCUUACCUUUUCGACUGCUUAUGUCGGCACGCUCCCUAUCAUCCGUGGCUACAAUGUCAUGGAACGUCUACAGUUGGCCUGGUUCUGCGCUCAGGAGUUUGUCAUCUCGGGUAUCUAUAUCUCAGAGACGGUCAAGCUACUUCGACUCAUGCCGGACAAGGAUCACAGACGGACGAAGAUCAUGUACGAACUCUUGGCGAUCAACUUUGUGAUUAUCAUGCUGGACGUGGCGCUGUUGGUUGUCGAGUACAUCGGUUACUACUCGUUGCAAACCACCCUGAAACCCAUGGUCUACAGCAUCAAGCUCAAACUGGAGUUCGGUGUCCUUGGCAAACUUGUCUCGCUGGUGCAGACUCAUCGCUCGCAGCCUACUUCCUCGGAACACGAAGAGUAUCCGAAUUUUGUGGACCCGACUCAAUUCACGACGGACGUGACACAUGCGGCCCCGGUGGAAUCGCGGAGAUCACGAGGCAUGGGAGCAUGGAAUAAUAUCUCCAUGGAGAGUUUGCCGUCGUCGGAACAACGAAUUCGUCCAUCGACGAGGUCGAGGCUGUCUAGUGACGGCGAUGAUCCUUCUUGA